AGGCCGGCGUACCCAUUCGCCUUCGUGUUUCUCCGCCUGCGUCGCCGUAGUUACCACCAGGAGGGUUGCUGGAACCCGCAGAGGAACAUGACUUCGGUGCUGGGCAGAGUGUUCUGCCUGGGAAGGGAACCGUUUCUGAAAGAGAUGCUGGCCAGACAGCUUAUCAGUCUUGCCUUUGAAACAUCCAGAAAGAAUCCUGUCUGCUCUGUUGGUAAUCCUCUGAUGAGCUGCGUCAGGCAAUACAAGGCUAAUCCUACCCACGGCAUCGGCCGGUACAAACAUCUCUUACCAGAGGUUUCCAAGAAGAAGAAGGGCAGGCUGCAGAUGAAGGAGAUCGACCCCGGGACGGAGCACACGUACGGCUUCUUGAACAUCGCGAUGACCUCGCACGACAUGGCCGCGGUGGAGCACUACGCCCGCUACGUCCACAAGCUCUGCAACCGACUGUCCAUCAGGGUGGAGGAAAGCUACGCCAUGCCCACCAAAAACAUGGAGGUGAUGCUGAUGCAAGAGCAGGGGUCCAAGAUGUCUGAUGCUGUCCUGACAUCCCACCAGCGUAUUGUUCAGAUCAGUGGCGUGAGGGCCACCUUCGCACCGGUCCUCUUGGAAAUCCUUCAGAGCCACCAACCCGAAGGCCUCCAUCUGUUAGUGAAAGAGCAUACCGAGGCAGACUUCCAGGUUCGGCUGAAAGCUCGUCCGGAGCUCGAGGGGCUCCUCUCUCAAAUGAGAUGAGUCCCCCACACUUUCUUGCUGCAAAUAUCCACCGCGAAGUCUCCUUCCAGCUCCUGGAGGCACCUUCUGCAGGGAAUUCGGGGAAAACGAACCUGCGUGCAAACUGUGGUUGCCAGAAAAGUCUCCUGUGCUGGGAGGAGUCUUGUUUCAACACUGCAUCCAGACUUCAGAAUUCUGCUUCCAAUACACUGUAACAUGAGCCCGUACCCGAGAGCGAGGAUGCUGCUUGCGUCGAUGGGCAUUGCCAGCUAAUGUGUCUCUUAAAUAUAGGCCUCUUUCAAUAAAGCGAUUUUAAAGAAAA